AUUCUGCUGCCCUGCUGCACAGAAACAAGUUCGCCUUCGUCCAAACUUGGCGUGUACUUGGUUAUAAAUACACUCUUCAAUGAUUAACUGCGACCGAUUCUAACGGAAUCUCAUAUCUAUUGUUGAGCUAGUGUAAAUAAACCAAUUGAAAUCGACGUUACGGGAUCGAUAGGUCGUUGCAUCCAUGUGCUGCAAUUGACAAAGCUCACUGUUAGCAGAGCUGCUCUUUGUCUGCGGUGAAGACAAUGCAAUCGUCUGGUACCUUGUCGAGAUGUUUUGAAACAGUCCAGAGAACUUGGCGGGACUACUCCUGAGGCAUAUCGCAUGUCCUCAUCCCACUAAAACAUCAUCUGUCUACCUCGCUACCUGUACUGCAUCUCUUUAAAGGCUGUACAGCCCUUCAGAGAUUACCAAAACAAGAAGACGAAGAAGAACUUGUUAACAGUAGCCACGAUAGUUGCGGUCCGGACUUCACGAGUUGCGGCGGAUUUGGUUAAUGUUUUGCCGUUGAUGACUCAUCUCACUUUCCAUCAUGGACUGUCAGAACUGGCAGCAGUGCCAUCGACCACGAUCGAUGUCGACACCGUACCCUCAUUUCUGUCCACCCAUUGACGAUCCAGCUGACUUUUCAUUUAAGAUACUCGUCAUAGGAGAUACGUGUGUCGGCAAGACUAGUUUCAUCAAUAUGUUCUGUGAACACGUUUUUAAAGAAAAUGGCACAGGAACGAUAGGAAUGGACCUAAAAAAGAACAUCAUCAAUGUUGAUGGAAAGAAAAUCAGGUUACUUGUAUGGGACACAGCAGGUCAAGAAAGAUUUCGAACUCUUACAACAGCGUACUAUAGAGGCGCCAUGGGCAUCAUCAUUCUCUACGAUGUAACGAGAGAGACUUCAUUUGAUCAUGUGACUAGUUGGCUUGACGAUAUUGCCCGUAAUGUUUCUCCCGACAUAUGCAAAGUCCUGGUUGGGAACAAGAGCGACUUCACUAGAGCAAGAAGAGUGCCAAGCAAACGAGCAAUAACGUUAUCAGAAGCAUUUAACUUUCCUUACAUCGAGGCGAGUGCGAAGACCGGUGAAAAUGUUGAGAACGUCUUCGAGACUCUUACAAGACAGAUGCUUGAUAGGUACAACAAAAAGAUGAAUACAAAUCGACCUCUUUUACCACGCCCAACGACAACAGAGAAAAUUGAACUACUUGCCAAGAAAAAGAGCACAUUUUCUGUAUGCUCCUGCUGAAAGCAGAUAUGAGUUGUGUCUUGAAAGAAUUCAAAAACUUGCUGAUCUUCGCAGAUACAGGUCGAUUGAGCCUGUCUCUUGAAAGCUGGUAGAUUGAACAGUAUUAAAGACUUUUCGCUGAAUGAUCAAACUUCUUUGAAAGACAAAGUGGUGGAUGGAAACAGUUUGCGAACGUGACAAUGUUUUCUUUCUUUCGGAACCUGCAUGUACACGCAUGUGGUCCUUCUAUAAUAUUGUGAAAAUAACUAAGUGAAUUAACGCCAAGGGCCAGAUUCUCGAAUGUCUAACAUCAAAGAGGACUGCUGUAUGGCCGAGAUGUUAGAAUCUACACAUUCGAAUUACCAUCUUCAUUACUAGAAAUCAUCUAAGGACCAGCUAUAGUGAGCGAAAGAUAUCUGUAUCGUCAUCAGCAUGGCCUAGGUGCCACUUCAUAACCCAGUUCUCUUCACUCGCUGCAGCUCUAUGACGUCUUACACGACGUCACUCAAAGCUUUUUUUCACUUUAUAACACUGGCGUGCUUUUUGCUGUUAAACUCAGAAGACAAAGUUCUACUUAUAGCUCAAUAUUAUAUUUCAGAAUGUAAAUGAAGCAACUAUGUUAUAAAAAAGAUGAGAUGAAUCUAGUUUCUUACGACGAGCAAUUACAUGACUAAAAGGCAAAUUAUUUUCUCCGUGAUAUUGAUACAACUCACUUAAGUGCCUUUGUUGCCUUCGUUUAAUUGCAAUAUUUAUUGGCAUCCUUCAAAAGGACCCAGCAAAGUUUUAAAUUAAGAAAGAAAUAUGUUUCCAAAUUCCAGUGUAUUUUAUUUCACUAUUACUAUCAAAUAGACAUCUUGUGGUAUCUUUUACGAGUUCAAGUUAAUAUCAAGAUAAUAAAAUGUUGGGUUUCCGGUAUUAAAAUGCAUGGAUGUUUAUUUUGUACAGUCACUAUCAGAUAAUUUCAUUUUGAAAUGAAACUGUCGUCAUCAAGGUUUUCACCCUCGAGUAUUAUUAUUUAAUAUUUCUUUUCUUUUUCUGUUUAUGUGCAUGUGCAAUAAAAUGUUUCAGUAGAAGGUAGUAGCAAGUAUGUAGCAUCGAUACGUUAAUACGUGAAUUGAUGGAUAUAUUUCAAUUUAGGUAAAUGGCAAACUAAAUCGGAGCCAAAUAUUACAGAAUAUAAAUAACUGAUUGUUUUAUACUUAAAAAGUCGUUUUGAAUUAUCCGUAGUGACUAAUCGAAAGUACUCCUUGAGUUAAGAUCAUGACGCAAAGUGAAUUUGUACAGAAUUCAAAUCGAAACCGUCCAAAAAUAUACAAAUAAAAUGAUUCCUGCCAAACGAUUUUGAUAUAUAUAUAUACAUAACACUUAUGUUAUAAAUGAAACAGUAAGAAAGAUUCCGAUAAAUCAAGCCAGUCGAUCCGAAAUACAUACACGGCAUUGGGGUCUCAUAUUAUUAUAAAGGUGCAAAUGAGAGUUGUCAGUGAAAAACUUUUUUUCUGGCAAAAAUCGUUUAACUUUCCCUGGAUUUGCUGGUCUAAAACUCUCUAAAUGCAUAAAAAGGAAUUCGGAAUAGUUUUGAGCUACCAUUAUCAGAACUCAAGAUUUGAUCAUGGACUAUAAAUAGACGAGGUACUACAUUCCUCACAAUCUUUGUUAUGCUCAUUGUCUUAUUCAAAUAAAAAUCACGCGAUCUACUUUAUUGUACGGGCUAUCCCACUGUUCUCAGUGGAAUAAACAUUCACCUUUAAUAAUCCAUAGUAGGCCUAACCUGCUUUAAAAAACAUUUAUGAUGGCUUUCUGGGAAAUGACUCAUUUGGCAGCACUUAUAAGGAGUAUGGAAGUAUCUUAAAGCAAACACUGCGCUUGAUAUUACCAUUUUCGAUUGACAAAUCGUUAUAUUAAUUUUCUACCUUUUGCACCAAUUUUGUUCAUUUGAAUGUAAUUUGUAUAUUUUGUAAAACUGUAAACUUUUGUAAAUAGACUUUUGUUCACGGCCCUGGUAAGAACAACUUUACAUGUUUUAGUGCGAAGUAUGACGUUUGACGUCGUUGAACAAAGCAUAUAUGCAAAUAAGUUAUAAUAGAAUGUAUCAAAGCAAUUUGUAUUAUGUCGUAAACGAAGCGCUAUAUUUGAUAGAAAAUUACACGUGAUAAAAGAUACAAGUAUCUUCAAAUGACCGUAGAAAGAUAUCUUCAUUUUGCAAUGCUUCCUUAACCGUAGAAUGAAUUUCAACAUUUCGAAAACUAAAAUGUAGCCUCCUUGUAUUAGUAUCAGGUAUUGAGAGGGCUGUGUCUCCGCACUUGAAUUAAAAUAGAACCAUGUCCUAUAUUUGUACUCUCACUCUUGCACACAAACUUUAAAGAAAGACAUGAGAGAUAACUUUUCAAGAGUUGUUUAGGAAGUGGCAAUCGAAAAUCUCUUUCACUACUUCAACUGUUUAAUUGCGCAACCGUGUUAAGAUAAUUCACGCUGACUGAAAAAAAAGUGAUUUUAAAAGUCGCUAAAACUAACAAAAUAUAUAAGUAUGUUUCUAUAUGCGCUUGGGAAGAAAAAGAAGAGAACAUAAAAAAGAAUUGAGGUUACUGAGUUCCUUUUUAUUUGUUUAAUUUUUGGAAUAAGUGUGUUGCAUUAUAAGUACGUGGGUGUAUAGAGUAUGGCAGCAAAACCAAAGUCCACGGUAUAUAAAAGCAACGUCUCCGCUUAUAUUAGUGGUUUUAUUUUCAAUUGAUAUCAAGCAUUACUUCUAUCUAUACAAAUUGUAAUAUUUGAAGUCAAAUAUACGUCACAUAUUUAAGUAUACAAAGGUAAGCCACAUACUAAUACACAUUUCAAAGACUCGGUAUGAAUAAGAAGAAUAUUAUGGUUGAGACAGACCAAGGAUAAAGGAUAUUUGUUUUGUGGGAUUGCGGUUUAUUCCGGUGUACACACCCUUUAUCUCUAUCAUUGGUAUAUGUGAUAUUCAAGAAAUAUAGUUGCCUUGCAACAAAUAAACAUACAUUAUCACUCAUAA